GACGAUCCCGCGACACAUCAAUAGUGAGAGACCUGCAUUCCAUUCGUCCAUGGAUAUUCGCUCUGCAGCCAAUCGACGAUUGUGAUCCGUUCGAUAUUUAAUCUUCUCGGCUGCGGUUCGCCGGUCGGGAAAUUUGCACGAAGUAAAAAUCUGUAAGUUGGAUAAAAUAAAAAGAAAAGGAGAAUGCGGAUGGGAAUAAUCGUUCUUGGGCUGAUAGCCCUUCUUGGCUGUAGUUCGGUGAAUGGUGAUACGGAAUGGUGGCAGACUAUGUCUCUGUAUCAAAUAUACCCGAGGAGUUGGAAAGACAGUGACGGCGAUGGGAUUGGAGACCUCCAAGGAAUUGAGAGCAAGCUAGAACACCUGGUCGAUGCAGGAGUUGACGCGUUUUGGAUUUCACCAAUUUACCCGAGUCCAAUGGCGGACUUUGGAUACGACAUUUCAGACUUCAUGGACAUAGAUCCAAUAUUCGGAACCUUGGAUGACUUCGACAAUCUCGUAGCGACGGCAAAGUCGCUUGGACUGAAGGUCGUUAUGGAUUUCGUGCCAAAUCAUUCGUCGGACGAACACGAAUGGUUCAUAAACAGUAUGGCGAGCGUAGAUCCGUACACCGACUACUACAUAUGGAAGAAUGGAACAGUUUUGGAGAAUGGAACCAUCACGCCCCCCAACAACUGGGUCAGUGUGUUCGGUGGUUCAGCAUGGACUUGGAACAACCAACGUCAGGCCUACUAUCUCCAUCAGUUCGCCGAAGAGCAGCCUGACCUUAAUUACUGGAAUGAAGAGGUGGUCGCGGCGAUGAAGGAAGUUCUGGUCUUCUGGUUGGACAGGGGUGUCGAUGGUUUCCGAGUCGACGCCAUUCCUCAUCUCUUCGAGGAUUCAACAUUCCCCGACGAACCGCUUACCGGCGACACCGAUGACCCGACUGACUAUGGCUACGUCGAACAUGACUACACGAAGCAUUUGCAAGAGACUUACGAUAUGGUGCAGCAAUGGCGCGAGGUCUUGGAUAACUACACUGAGAACUCGGACGGUGUACCGAGAAUAAUGAUGGCCGAAGCCUACGCCAACACCUCGAUGACAAUGAAGUACUACGACUACGGAGCACAUUUCCCUUUCAACUUCAACCUCAUCAGCAACGUGGACGGCUCCUCAACCGCCGCGGAAAUCAAAGAGUCCGCCCUCGACGAGUGGCUGAAUAACGUACCCGAUGACGCAACGUCAAACUGGGUGAUAGGAAAUCACGACAAAAACCGUGUUGCCACCAGAUACUCUCCGGAGCAGGUGGAUACGCUGAACAUUAUAAAUUUGCUUCUACCCGGAGUAUCGGUAACCUAUUAUGGGGAAGAAAUCGGUAUGGAAGACCAGUGGAUAUCGUAUGAAGACACGAUGGACCCACAGGGAUGUAACCAGGACGAGGACUCGUACGAAUCGUACUCGCGAGAUCCUGCGAGAACCCCGAUGCAAUGGGAUGCGACGACUUCAGCUGGAUUCUCUACCAACGAGUCAACCUGGCUACCGGUAAACACAAAUUACCUCACCUUGAAUCUCGCCGCUCAAGUCGCAGCCGACACGUCCCACUACAAGGUCUACCAAGCUCUUACAGCCCUUAGGAAGGAGGCGGUCAUACAAGAAGGAUCCGUCAACGUUCAGCUGAUAAACAACAAUGUCUUUGCUUUCAUGAGGGAGCACAGUGGAUCUGUUCCGGUGAUGGUCGUGGCAAACAUGGCGAACAACUCGGAGACCGUCAGUCUAGAAGUGUUCGACAACGCAGCUGACACCCUUUUGGUGUCGAUAGCCAGCGUUGACUCCAGUCUAACUGAAGGGAGUGAAGUGUCCAAAACGAGCCUUGAAAUCUCCGCCUUGUCUGCGCUCGUUUUGCGAAGUGGUGCCGAAGCUUUGAUCUCCAGUGGAAUCAUCAUCCUGUUCGUGACGGCCCUGGCUUACUUCCAUCACUGAUGAUUUCGUUCUCUGAUUAGAGAGUUGAUUCGACUUAGUUCAGUUUUUAUCAUACAUCUUAGCUAUCGCGUUCACGUCAUAUCAAAGGGAUUUCAGCCGGCACUUGUGCGUGGUUUGAAGAGUUACAGUGAUUAUCAUGUUACAUGUACUGAUAUCAAUUCAAGAAUAUCUUUAGCCGUUACCAAAAUAUUUUUUAACGAUGGAGGUAGGUUCGUUAAUUUUCUAUCGUCUAUUUUCAAUCACUAUGAUUCAAUCAUUUGGAAUGCUGGAGCAAACUCGCGUCAGUCAGUUGAGUCGGUAUUAAAGAUUUAAAAAAUCAUGUCAAUUCGACUGUAACACAGUUAUUGAUAAACAAUCAAUUCACACGUGUACAUAAAACCAUGUUUACGAUGUAAGUUGUAAUUUUUAGCAACACGUCCGGGUUAUUUUCCGGUAUGGUCGUCAGAUUAGGAACAACGCUUCAUCUUCUUAUUGUUUGUUUCUCUUUUUUUAAACAUAUUUAAAUAAAGUCACUAGUUUUCUUGUAGAUGGGCCCGUUAAUUGCAUGCUGACAAUCACUUCUAUCCUCUCCACAAUAAUUCAUAAUCAUAUUUACUUGUUAUCCUGCAGUUAUUAAUCAUUGUCGAAUCAACUACAUAUACAAAAUAAUGAUUCGGACGAUUCCCGUCGCUUGCAGUGACACACUGAUGAUGAUUUUUAUGGUAAUUUGAAAAAUGACAGGCGUUUCCUGCAUGGAUUACAUAACGGUCAGGUACAGCAUGUAUCAAUCAGUGGAAUCGCGUUGAAAAUUAUCUGCCUCUUAAAUAGUCCUGCACAUACAUACAUAUAGCUUGCAAAUGCUACCGGGGAUUAUCCAGCCGGAAGAUAAUUGAAACGGUCAACGUACAUUUGGUGUAUCGAGUCUGAUAAACGUACCAACCGAUAUGCAUAUAUAGAGGUGAUCCGACGAUCUUACCGCACAAUGUGUAAGACCUAGUCCCUUCGACGGACUCGGUCGACGGUUUAACGUGGUUUCCUUUUUCGUUUUUUGGAUACACAGCGAUACUGAGAAACUCACAAAAGG